UCCUGUUCUGUCACACGCAUUGGCAGGGAACGCAUCUUCUGGAAACAAUAAUGUUGUUAACCAAUUUACUUUUAACUGCUAGUCCGCAAGGCAUUGUCAUAUUGGGGCUUGUCUUAUUUACAACGGAGGCAACGGAACUACCCAGCUGCAAAGAGUCAGAUUACCAUUUUGAGUACACAGAUUGUGAUGUUUUGGGCUCUCGAUGGAGAGUGGCAAUACCCAACAAACCAGACACCUGUACUGGUCUGCCUGAUCCAGUCAAAGGCACCCAAUGCACGUUCACCUGUAAUGAAGGGGAAUUUCUGGACAUGAGGACUCAAGAGUGUCAGAAAUGUGUCGCAGGGACAUACUCUCUUGGGACAGGUGUGGCCUUCGAUGAGUGGGACAGUUUGCCAGUUGGCUUUAUCAGCCAUGGUAUCAACAUGAACACUGGAGACACUUACACUAAUUGCUCCAAUUCAACAUGGAUCCCGAAAGGUGAUUACAUUGCCUCUAACACAGAUGAGUGUACUUCAACUCUUUCCUAUGCUGUGAGUCUAAAGAAGCCUGGUUCUGUGUCCUUCCAGUACUUCUAUCCAGACAACAACAUCUUUUUUGAGUUCUAUGUUCAGAAUGACCAGUGUCAGUCUACAGACUCUCAACGUCGCUGGAUGAAGAUAUCAGAAAGUGACUGGGAUUAUCACUAUGUCCAGCUGAGCAGUGGGAACAAUGUCUUGUACUGGAGAACUACAGGUUUCAGUCUGGCUGCCAACACUGCCAAACCAGUUCUUCUAAAGGACAUUACCAUAUCAGGGGUUUCUUAUACAUCUGAGUGUUUUCACUGUAAGCCUGGUACAUAUAGUGAUAAACCAGGUGCUGCCCGUUGUAUCCCAUGCCCUGCUAAUUCUUACUCUAAUAAAGGAGCCACAGCAUGUCAACCAUGUGAGGCAGACAAAUAUUCAGAGAUUGGAUCUGGAACCUGCCUACAGCGGCCGGCCUGCACGGCAAACGAUUAUUUCUACACACACACACCAUGUGACUCCAGCGGUCAGACACAGCUGAUGUAUAAGUGGAUUGAGCCCAAGAUAUGUAGUGAGAUUGUGGAGAGGGCAAUGCAGCUCCCAGCCUCAGGGGAGAUGAUGGCCUGCCCUCCAUGUAAUCCAGGAUUCUUUCCCAGCAACACCUCCACUUGUGAACCCUGCCCACAUGGCUUCUAUUCAAAUGGGACAGAGUGUGCCGAGUGUCCUGCUGGAACAGAACCAGUCAUGGGUUUUGAGUAUAAAUGGUGGAACAGGAUGCCUGACAACAUAAAGAGUACUGUCUUCAGCUCAGAAUACAGCAGUACUGAGAGGAGCACAGGAUGGGAGGUAGCGGGUGAGUACAUCUACACCACACCAAGCAGUCGGGACUCAGACUACAUGCUGUUGACGCUCAAAGUACCUGGAUACAGCCUGCCUCAUUCCCUGAGUAAAGACAACGAUAGAGUUGAACUUUCCAGAAUAACCUUUGUGUUCGAAACUAAGUGUACAGCUGAUUGUAUGCUGCAUUUCAUGGCAGGACAGAAUGAAAGGAAUAAUAUGGUUGUGGAGAGUUGGACUGGCACUAAGGGGAAGCAGUCCUACUCUUAUCUAAUUAAGAGCAACAACACAAUCAGCUUCACUUGGGGUUUUCAACGGACCACAGUCUUCAGCCUGGAAAACGAAUACAGCUCUGACCUGUCUAUGAUCUACUCUGUUCACAUCACUAAUGUGAUCGGAGGUGUGGCUUCAGAAUGUCGUCAGUGUGCUCUGGCUGCUUCUGCUUCUGCUUCUGCUUCUGAUUCUGCCUGUGUGCCCUGCCCUCCAGGCCACUACAUGCUGAAUGGCAAUGGAGUGUGUAAAAGCUGUCCCUCAAAUACCAUCAUCAGGCCUGAGCAGCCAAUUGGCGAGCAAGCCUGCAUCACGUGUGGACCCAAUACCUACAGUAACAAAGACCGUUCAGCGUGCAUAAGUGACUGUACGUUUUCCAUGCAGCAUAAGGUAGAGAUUCUGCAUUAUGAUUUUUCUCCACUGGCAAACAUCACAGGCUUCCAGAGCAGCUCACGGUUCACCAGUAAAGGGCUCCAAUACGUCCAUAGCUUCAAUGUGGUGCUGUGUGGAACAGAAGACCGGGCCCUUGCAUCCUGUGUUGAGAAUGUAACUGAAAGCAAGAGGGAGGUGAAGGGAUACGUCUGUCAAUCCAUAGUAGUGCCUUCAGAGAUCAGGGGCCAAAGUGUCGUGUCCUCUCAACCCUUUAGUAUUGGAGACACUUUAAUUGGAGUGACAACUGAAUCCACAUUAAAUACUAUUUCGUCUUUGGACGGCAACUUUCCCACUGAAUCAGAGCUACCCGAUGUCAUAUUCUACUACAGAUCUAGACAAACAACGAAAGCAUGUAAAAAUGGAAGAUCAACCUCCAUUAGGCUCCGAUGUGAUCCCACAGUUACACUGAAAGACCAGGUUCUCUUACCAAGUAACUGUGCAGAGGGCACCUGCGAUGGCUGCUCCUUUCAUUUCCUGUGGCGCUCACAGCAUGCCUGCCCACUCUGCUCUGAGAGGAACUAUAAAGAGAUUGUGAGUGCCUGUAUCCAAGGAAUUCAGAGAACCACCUAUGUGUGGCAGCAGCCUCUGAGGUGUACUGGCGGGGUGUCGCUGCCACCACAGAAGGUCAGCGCCUGUGUGACUCUGGACUUCUGGCUCAAGUUUGGCGUUUCCAUUGGAACUGUGGCCGCUGUAUUGCUUAUUACCCUUAGCUGCUACUUCUGGAAAAGGACACGCAAGCUGCAGUAUAAGUACUCAAAGCUAAUGAUGACUGCAGGAGAUAAGGAGUGUGAACUCCCAUCUGCAGAUAGCUGUGCCAUCAUGGAAGGAGAAGAUGCAGAGGAUGACCUCAUCUACCUCUCAAAGAAAUCUUUCUUCACCAAGAUCAAGUCAUAUUCAAGAGAGAGGACAUCAGAUGGCUUUGACUCUGUUCCUCUAAAAUCAUCAGCUGCACAAGAGAUGGACAUAAGCUAGAGACACAAGAAGCACCAGCAGGACAUGUUUGACAAAAUGAUUGACGAUCACAUGACAUCCUUACUGAGUUGACACUAUUGCAUCAUUACUGUUAUUCAUAGUGGGACCAAGAGAAGCUUGAUAAAUCAUGCAUAAUAUUGUGCAAUAUGUGCCUGCUCGAGAGCACCUCAUAAUCCUUUUGUUGGUUUCCAUCGGGUGUCUACUGGAUUCAGUAAAUCCAGGCUUAAGCUGCAGAUUGGAAUUUAAAAAAUAUAUUUCUCUAUGAGCUUGUUCAAGGGUCUGUUUGAGCUCUUUCUUUAGCAUUGUUAAUUUGAUGAUAAUUGUAGCUAAAGUCUUAAACACUUUUAUACCAAAACCAUUUAAUGUUGAGAAAACAAGAGUGUGUUGGAAAAUCAAAAUAAUUGUAUAUGUUUUCAAUGUCUUUCUGUGAUUUAUAUCAUUUAUUAAAUAUUUCAUGUUUAGCCUUUGUAGAUUUGUUUUGAUGAGAUACACCUGCAAGUACUUGUUAUUUUAUUUGUUCUCUCAAGUUCUCAAGUUAUUGUUUUUUUUUUUUUGCCUUUUUUUUAAUUAUUAAUUUUUUUUCUGGCAUACUGAUAUUUAUAUUAUGUGCCCCUCUCUCCCAUAUUCAUGUUUUACAACUUUUUCUGCAGCCUUUUUAUUGUAUUUCAGGAAACAUUUAUUUUAUUGUGUUUUUAAGAAACAUCAUGUUUUUAUGAUUG